GAAAAAGCAGAUAAAACCAUUCAUUAUAUAACUUCAGACGAACAGAUUAUAACGGACUACCAUGGAUAUUUAACACGAAGUGAUGAAGUGAAGACAAAAAAUGUUAAUGAAAGAAGAUAUAAAUACAUUCGUGCUAAAGGUUAUGACAUAAGCUGUACUGUACAGUAUGAUGUAGCUAAAGCACCAGAAGCAUUUGUUAUAACGAUGAAAUUUAUGCCUCUACUUUCUGUUAACGGUGUAUUAGUUGAACCAAGAUUUACUUUGAGAGUUAAGUCAAAAAUAACGUUUGAAGAUGCUAUUAAAAGUAAAGCUGACAAAGUUGAACUCGAAGCAACGAACAAAGUUUUGAAAUCUCAUAAACACAACAUCUCCGAUAUAAAUGAACUUCAAGCUACAUUAGACAGUAAAGCCGACAAGAACCAUACACAUAAAUCCUUCACUACUGUUAGAGCAGACGACAUAAUAUUGAACUUUGACCUUGGUUCAAGUGCACCAUUAGAAAAUCCAAGUACAAGCGUAAAAGAUACUCUUAACAAUUUAGAUAAGAGUUGCAGGAAUACCGAAGAUCAUGCCAGAAACUUUGAAGCAUAUGAACUACCAGCAAUGUUAGAUAAGAAAGCAGAUAAGAACCAUACACAUAAAUCCUUCACAACUGUUGCUAUAGAAAGUAUUGAAGGAACGGUUGAAGAAACUGGUGGGGAGGGCGGAGCCCCGCCGCACGCGGCUGCAUUAUAUUGUAAACCUCCUAACUUUCCACAAGGUUUAACAUCGGAUGACGACAUAACGACGAUGAGAAACAUUAGAUGUAAAGAUGUUUAUGUCAUGAAGGAUGAACAUAAUAUUAAAUUCACUGCUCAAGAUUUAUAUGACAAGAAAGCCGACAAGAACCAUACACAUAAAUCCUUCACUACUGUUAGAGCAGACGACAUAAUAUUGAACUUUGACCUUGGUUCAAGUGCACCAUUAGAAAAUCCAAGUACAAGCGUAAAAGAUACUCUUAACAAUUUAGAUAAGAGUUGCAGGAAUACCGAAGAUCAUGCCAGAAACUUUGAAGCAUAUGAACUACCAGCAAUGUUAGAUAAGAAAGCCGACAAAACAGAGCUUCAAACAUUAAAGACAGAAAUACUUCAAACAUUAUAUCCUAUAGGUUCUAUUUAUACGUCAAUGAACUCAACAAAUCCAGCAACAGUUCUGGGUUUCGGUACGUGGGAACAGAUUGUAGAUAAAUUCUUAUACUGUGCUAGAUAUUCAAAGCAAACAGGAGGUUCGAAGAAAAUUACUGAAGCAAACCUUCCACCGCACACUCAUACAGGAACGACAAACUUUUCUGGCGACCAUAGUCACUCAUUAAGAGACCAUCCAUUAUACAACUCAGAAUAUGAAGCUGGCAAUGACGUUUUAUCUCCAUCUUAUAACAAUGCAGCAAAAAAGACUUUUCGACCAACUGAACCAGGAGGAAAUCAUUCACAUACUUUCACAACAAAUCCAACAGGCUCGG